ACAAACUGUAUAUAUUGUAGUGACACUGCAGUUCAGUUUAUUCAACGCCGUGAGUUUGAAUAGAUCGCCAUGAGUUUAGCCGGUAAAGUUGUAAUUGUGACAGGAGCAAGUUCCGGCAUUGGAGCCUCAGCAGCUGAAGCCUUUGCCAAACAAGGCGCUAAAGUAGUGCUAGUAGGACGUAAUGUAGAAAAUCUAAAAGCUACUGAAGCGGUCUGUAAAGCAGCUAACAGCAAAGCGGAGCUACUAAUCAUCGCCGCUGAUGUAACCACAGACGCUGAGAAGAUUAUAAACUCAACCAUUGAAAGAUUCGGACAAUUGAAUGUGUUGGUGAAUAACGCCGGUGUGGGUGGAACGGGUUCAAUCUUGGACGUAGACGUCGAAGAAUUUGAUCGCCUUAUGAAUAUAAACGUGCGUUCGGUCUUUCUUCUAACCAAAUACGCCGCACCACAUCUGAUCAAGACACAAGGGAAUAUCGUGAAUGUCUCCAGCCUGGUGGGAUUGCGUUCAUUCCCCAAUCUUUCGGUCUAUUGCACCUCAAAAGCAGCACUUGAUCAAUUCACCAGAUGCAUUGCCUUGGAUUUGGCACCGAAGAAUGUGCGUGUGAAUGCCGUAAAUCCUGGUGUGAUUGUGACACAAUUCCAUAAAAAUCUUGGCAUGUCGGCGGAGGACUAUGCUAAAUUUUUGGCGCAUCAUAGCACUACGCAUGCACUGGGUCGCGUUGGCGAGGCGCAGGAAGUUGCCGAUGCGAUUAUUUUCCUAGCUAGUGACAGUUCAAGCUUUAUAACGGGCGCAACUCUGCCGAUCGAUGGUGGCAGACAUGCCAUGUGUCCACGUUAGUUUUGUAUAUUUGUAUAUUAAUGUGAAUAAAAUAAUGUUCUUCAAAUUAA